GUAAACACUAGCUGCCCUGUUAGCUUCAUGGUGGCUACGCUAAUAAGCUAGUUAACUCUUCCCUUCCUCCUCAGGUCCGAACUUUGGACCCCUUUUUCCGGUUUUAAAUGGCCGGCGUCGCCCUGAAGCUGUCCGCUCCUCUGCGCUUUCUGAAGCUAAGAAGCUUGAGCAGACUCUCCUCCGUUCCCAGCCUGAGGUUCCACACCGCAGGGUCUCCUAUGAUGGGUGCGACGGUGGAGCAGUUUGAGCAGGCGAAGAACAAGAUGUCAACGCUGAAAAACGACCCGGGAAACGAAGCCAAGCUGAAAAUCUACGCUCUGUUCAAACAGGCUUCUCAGGGUCCCUGCAACACUCCCAAACCCGGCAUGCUGGAUUUUGUCGGCAAGGUGAAAUGGGACGCGUGGAAUACUCUGGGCUCCAUUUCUCAGGAUGAAGCCAGGCAGCAGUACUGCGACUUCAUUGGCUCUCUGGUGGCGGCAGAAGGUGGGACUUCCGCCUCAUUGGCUGCAGAGCCUGCUGGAGGCGGAGCUACGUACGAGACGCUAUUGGUCACAACGGAGGAUAAAAUCACCACCAUCAAACUGAACCGUCCAGCCAAGAAGAACGCCAUCACAACAGAGAUGUACAACGACAUCAUCGCCGCUCUGGAUCAGGCAGCUAAAGACGACUCUGUCAUCACUGUAAUCACAGGAGCUGGAGAUUUCUACUGCAGUGGAAACGAUCUCUCUAACUUCACAAAGAUCCCAGAGGGGGGUCUGCAGGAAAUGGCCAAACAAGGAGGAGACCUGCUCAGGAGCUUCGUGAAGGCGUACAUCGACUUCCCGAAGCCCCUCGUUGCCGUCGUUAACGGACCAGCUGUCGGGAUCUCUGUCACCUUGAUGGGACUGUUUGAUCUGGUCUACGCCACUGACCGGGCCACCUUCCACACUCCCUUCAGUCAGCUGGGGCAGAGCGCUGAGGGGUGCUCCUCCUACACCUUCCCCAAGAUCAUGGGCAUCGCCAAGGCCAGUGAGAUGCUGCUGUUCAACAAGAAGCUCUCAGCGGAGCAGGCGUGUGAGCUCGGACUCGUCUCUGAGGUUUUCCCCGACAGCAGCUUCCAGACGGAGGUUUGGAGCAGACUGAAGAAAUACGCCCAGCUGCCCCCCAAUUCCCUGGCUCUUUCCAAGCAGCUGAUUCGCUCGGUGGAGAAGCAGCAACUCCACGAUGUGAACGACGCUGAGGUGGAGCGUCUGAUGGAAAGAUGGACGAGCGACGAGUGUUUCCAGGCCGUCAUGAGCUUCUUCCAGAACAAAGCCAAACUCUGAGGUGUGUGAGUGAGAGAGGAUGUCACUUUUUAAAAUGGACUUUUGAAACAGUGGUAGGGAGGAAGAGGAGAGGCACUUCUACCUGGACGUACCUUUACCUGUGGAGCAUACAGACAGGUGGGAUCAAUCAGCCUUUCAUUCUCCUGUUUUGGGUCAAGGGAUUUCACGCUCUGAAUAAACACUAACGUCUGCAGGUCGUAACGCUGUGAUUUCUAGUUGUUUAGGUUUAAUAAAUAAUAUUAAUGAUCACGUACAUGCUGAUUUGAAUGUGUUGCGAUGAAGUGCCUUUAAACACUUUGUAAAAGAGGAUUAAACUCACAUGAUUAAA